AUGUAUAGGACAAUGGCUGCGAGUGCUCUCGAAGGUAUCCGGAUGUACCCUGGUAGAGUUCAGGAAAGUAUCAGGGAAUUGGAUCAGUGCCAGUCCAGUCGGGAACUACUCAUCGCAUCCCUAUUGGCACUCAUUUUUUCGCACCGAAAAUGUCAAGUGAUUGACAAGGAAACUGUGGCUCAAUUGGAGGCCAAAUUGCGAGAGAACCGAAAGCAGGCAAAUGAAAUGGGUUUAUACUAUGCGGGACUCUUCCUCCUGUUGUCGGGACGUCUGGAAAAGGCGAAGGAAUACAUCGACCGUAUGAUUAAAAUGUCGCCUAAUUUUAAAGAAGGAUUAAUACUUAAGGGAUGGCUUGAGGUACAGUCGGGCAGCGAUGAGGACAUUACAUCCAUGAAUCACUCGGCCAUGAAUUACUUUGACAUCUCAUCUAAAUUCAACGAUCCCGAUGUAAUCAUUGGCAAGUCUAAGGUGUUGGAGAAAAACAGUUCAUUCAUCGGUGGUGUGGAGCAACUGAAUCAGGCCAUCGUAUUGUAUCCACGGUUUUUGCCCGCUUUCAUCGAGAAAAUGAAACUUCAAGCGUGUCUUAAGGACUGGGAACAAGUGGUGGACACAGCGUUUCGGGCGCUGGCUAUCGAUAAACACUGUUUGGACGCUCAGAGAUAUCUAAUUGUUUACAGUAUGGCCUGGGAUAAUAACCAAGAGGCCGCAUCAUCUAAAUUGCUUGAUCUCAUCGCAUCUUUUGAGAUAAGAGAGCCUAAAAACGCCGACUUAUACUACGAGAGCGCAAAACUGUUCGCAAGAAUUGCAUUCAGAAAUGAAGAAAUUUUGACCCAUUCGAUGAAUUUGAUAGAAAGGGCUGUAUUUCUGGACCCGACAAACAUUGUGAUCAUCUGUGAACAUGCAUUUCAGUGCAUGUUAUUAAACCGCAUGACUGACGCCCAAAGACACUACAAGAAUGCCACUAAAAUGGAUGAGACGAGUAUAAUGGGCUUAACAGGACUUCUUCACUGUCAGCUCAUUGAAGGCCAGAAAGGAGUGGAGGAACAGUUGGAUUCGCUCGAAGAGUUUAAUAAAGCCACCGGA